CCGUCCGCGCUUUUGUCCCGCCCGGCGGCCGGGCUCCGCGGCGCCGCCACCGCCAUGUCACAUUUGAAGACAGGCACUGAGGAUGAGGAAUCCACUUGUAAGAAUGGAAGUGCAGACUUUCACUGGCCAAAAGCAGAAGGUCUUCACAAGGAUCACAUACAGAAAUCUAAAACUGGUGGAAUUUGCAAUUGGGAGAGCAAGGUAGAGAAGGAGUCAGAAAAGCCAGAGUGGAAAAGGAUGAAGGAAGACAAAACUACCAUCAGGCAAAAGAUUGGCACAGCCAAGAAGACAGCCCCUAUAAAGACAGAGCAGGAAGACGAGGCAUCUGAGAAAAACUUACACCUGAGCUCAAAGCAUACCACACACCAGACAGCCCUGGCCGAACAGAAAAGCCGUGGUCAGGGACAAUGCGUGGAGAACAUUAAUGGAAACUCUCACUCCAGUCUGCAGCGCAACGCCAGUGCUGUGAAGAAAUCACAUAACUGUGAGGAAUGUGGGAAAUCCUUUAAAUACAAUUCCCGCCUUGUUCAACACAAAAUUAUGCACACGGGGGAGAAGCGCUACGAGUGUGAGGACUGUGGGGGAACUUUCCGGAGCAGCUCCAGCCUCCGCGUCCACAAGCGGAUCCAUACUGGGGAGAAGCCCUACAAGUGUGAGGAGUGCGGGAAAGCCUACAUGUCCUAUUCCAGCCUUAUCAAUCACAAAAGCACCCACUCAGGGGAGAAGAACUGCAAGUGCGACGAGUGCGGGAAAUCCUUCAAUUACAGUUCCGUGCUGGACCAGCACAAAAGGAUCCACACCGGGGAGAAGCCCUACGAGUGCGGGGAGUGUGGGAAGGCCUUCCGGAACAGUUCCGGACUCCGAGUCCACAAACGGAUCCACACCGGGGAGAAGCCCUACGAAUGUGACACCUGUGGGAAGACCUUCAGUAACAGCUCCGGCCUGAGGGUCCACAAAAGGAUCCACACGGGCGAGAAGCCCUAUGAAUGCGACGAGUGUGGGAAGGCCUUCAUUACCUGCAGAACACUUCUGAACCAUAAAAGCAUCCACUUUGGAGAUAAACCUUAUAAAUGUGACGAGUGUGAGAAAUCUUUUAAUUACAGCUCUCUCCUCAUUCAGCAUAAAGUCAUCCACACUGGAGAGAAACCUUACGAAUGUGAUGAAUGUGGGAAGGCUUUCAGGAACAGUUCAGGCCUCAUCGUGCAUAAAAGGAUCCACACAGGAGAGAAACCUUAUAAGUGCGAGGUCUGUGGCAAAGCAUUCAGCUACAGCUCAGGGCUGGCCGUCCAUAAAAGCAUUCACCCUGGGAAGAAAGCCCAUGAGUGUAGGGAGUGUGGCAAAUCCUUUAGUUAUAACUCACUACUGCUUCAACACAGAACGAUUCAUACUGGCGAGAGACCUUUCGUAUGUGAUGUAUGUGGGAAGACUUUCAGAAACAAUUCAGGCCUCAAAGUCCACAGGAGGCUCCAUACCGGGGAGAAACCCUAUGAGUGCGAUGUGUGUGGGAAAGCCUACAUCUCACGAUCGAGCCUUAAAAAUCACAAAGGGAUCCAUCUAGGGGAGAAGCCCUACAAAUGUAGCUAUUGUGAGAAAUCUUUCAACUACAGUUCUGCCCUUGAGCAGCAUAAAAGGAUUCACACAAGGGAGAAACCCUUUGGAUGUGACGAGUGUGGAAAAGCCUUCAGAAACAAUUCAGGCCUUAAAGUACAUAAGCGUAUCCACACUGGUGAGAGACCUUACAAAUGUGAAGAAUGUGGGAAAGCCUACAUCUCACUCUCCAGCCUUAUAAAUCAUAAAAGUGUACACCCUGGGGAGAAGCCCUUCAAGUGUGACGAGUGUGAGAAAGCUUUUGCCACACACCGAACCCUUCUCAACCACAAAAAGAUUCAUCUUGGGGAGAAGCCGUACAAAUGUGAUGUGUGUGAGAAAUCUUUUAAUUACACCUCACUCCUUUCUCAACACAAAAGAGUCCACACUAGAGAGAAACCGUAUGAAUGUGACAGGUGUGAAAAGGUCUUCCGAAACAACUCCAGCCUUAAAGUUCAUAAGAGAAUACACACUGGGGAGAAGCCCUAUGAAUGUGAUGUGUGUGGGAAAGCCUAUAUCUCCCACUCAAGCCUUAUUAACCAUAAAAGUACCCACCCUGGCAAAACACCCUACACAUGCGACGAAUGUGGAAAAGCUUUCUUCUCAAGCAGAACUCUUAUAAGCCAUAAGAGAGUUCAUCUUGGAGAGAAACCCUUUAAGUGUGUCGAGUGUGGGAAAUCUUUCAGUUACAGCUCCCUCCUUUCUCAACACAAGAGGAUCCACACGGGGGAGAAGCCCUUUGUCUGUGACUGGUGUGGGAAGGCCUUCAGGAACAGCUCCGGCCUCACAGUGCACAAGAGGAUCCACACGGGUGAGAAGCCCUAUGGGUGUGAUGAGUGUGGGAAGGCAUACAUCUCACACUCAAGUCUUAUCAAUCAUAAAAGUGUCCACUGUGGGAAUCAGCCCUAUAAUUGUGAGUGUGGGAAAUCCUUCAAUUAUAGAUCUGUCCUGGAUCAACACAAAAGGAUCCACACUGGAAAGAAGCCAUAUCGAUGCAAUGAGUGUGGGAAGGCAUUUAAUAUCAGAUCCAAUCUUACCAAACAUAAAAGAAUCCAUAUGGGAGAGGAAUCUUCCAAUAUGGUGCAUAUGGGAAGUUACAGUGGCCCAUCCCAGAAGAGAAUCUAUGAGGGAGGGAAUGUUCUGGAAGGGACCAGGAUGAGGAUUCCCCUGUGGGAGGCAGAGCUUACUAAUUCUCAAAGAACUCAAAUGGAAGAAAAACCUUAUGAAUGUAAGAAUUUCUGAGGUCCUUACUCAUGGCUUGUAGUUUCCAUAGUAUAAAUGAAAUUCUAGAUCACUAUAAUUCUGUGAGGCUUCUCAAUCAUAGCCAAUAAGACGGCUCCAGUGUCAAGACAGCUAAGACAUUUUGGAAUAUAAAGUAGUCCACACUGGGGAUAAAAAGCCUAUCACGAAGAUGGAAUAUUUUUUUUAAUUCUUAAAUAACUAGACAUUUUUGGACAUAAAAUAUGCAGAUGAGGAAAGGACUUCAUUUAUAGAUCACAGUCACCAUCAUAAAAUUCCUAUUUGGAUAAAUUGUGUUAGUAGAAAUGUAGGAAAAUUCGGGCAUAGCUUUGAAUCCUAAUUUCACUUUGAUCAGUGGGGGGAAAAGGCAAGUUCAGGGACAGAAAGGUUUCAGGGAGUAUAAAUGUGUUAGUGACCAUGAAUUAUGAUCAUUGAAUCAAAAAUUGUAUUUCCUUGUAAAAAAGCAUAAACAUUAACAGGAAGGAGAGACUCAAAUUGCAAAUUGAUUAGAAGAUACUGUUGUAAUACACUUCAUUGAAUGGGUAAAACUUCUAGACUUUCAAAUGAACCCCCUUAGUGGAUGAUAAAUGUGUGAUGUUUGAAAACAUGAAAGGUUCAGCCUCAGAAAGGAUUUAUGUAUCUUCAAUAAUGAACACAUCUUCAACACAACUUUGCACCUUACAGAAAAAAAAUUAUUCAGGGAUUCCUAUCAAAUAGGAAUGUUGGGAAGAAGGCAUUUUUAUUACAAGGGCAACAAAA